AUGUCCUCCAGCAUCCUGCCACAGCCGGAGCACAGUGUUUCAAACGGCCCCGGCGGGCAGCACGUUAACAAAGUGAAUACCAAGGCAGAAGUGCGGUUCCACCUGGCGUCAGCAGACUGGAUCCCAGAAGAGACAAGACAAAAAAUGGCAUCGAUGUACAGGAAUAAGAUAAGCCGAGCUGGUGAGCUGAUCGUGAACUCUGAAGAGAGUCGCUACCAAAUGAGGAAUCUGGCAAUUUGUUUGGAAAAAAUCAGAACCAUGGUCACGGAGGCUACGGAGAAGCCCAAGGUGGUGUCCAAGGAGACUACACAGAGACUCAUAGAGAGGGUGGAAAAAAUGAACCGUGAACGACUACGACAGAAAAAGAUACACUCAAAUAUAAAACAGAGCAGGAAGGCAGACUUUGACUGA